AUGAGGUUGUUGAAGAGUGAUGCAGCAGAGAAAGCCUGUGUGUAUCUGACAUCAGUUCUGGGUACAAACCCCUUACUCCUGACAAAGCUGGAUCUGGGUGGGAAGACACCAGGAGACUCAGGAGUGAAGCAGUUCUGUGCUCUACUGGGGGAUUCACACUGCAAACUGAAGACACUUAAGCUUAAUGACAGCGGUAUAACAGCAGAAGGCUGUGCUGCUCUGACUUCAGUUCUCAGAUCAAACCCCUCACACCUGAUAGAGCUGAAUCUGAGUGAGAAUAAACUAGGAGUCUCAGGAGUCAAGCACAUCUCUACUCUCCUGGGGAACACAGACUGUAAACUACAGACACUGCUUCUUUCUGACUGUGGUGUAACAGGAGAUGGAUACGCUGCUCUGACUUCAGCUCUGAAAUCAAACCCCUCACACCUGGUGGAGCUGGACCUGAGAGGGAACGACCCUGGAGACUCUGGAGUGGAGCUCCUCACUGAUUUACAUAAUUUACUUGAUGAUCCAUAUUGUAAACUGAAGACACUUAG